CGCUCCACGGGCGCACGCCGAGUCACCAAAGCGCACUCCGCCAGGGCAAAGGAUGCGAGCGCGGGAUAAAAAGGAGAGCUGUAUGGGACAAAAGGGGAAAGCCUAGAAAGGAACAGCGGGCAAGAGGCUCGGGGCACCCGCGCGCCGCUGUGGUAGCGGUACCAGUAGUUCAAGAGCCAACCGCAUCCCGCGAUCCUCACCUUGGCUUGCUUCCAGCUGGCCAUUUCCCACCUGGGCUCUGGAGCGAGCUCUCGCCUCUCGGGCUGUAAGGAGGGUUGUUGUUUGGACUCUUGAAGGCUCUGGAUUAGCUCACCAAGAACCAGUCCCAUGGGAGACGCCGAAGAGAGAGAAAGUACUCUUCCACGGCUGCUAGAUCUUAUCCCUGACGGGAAAGAAUGGGAGGCGAGGGAAGCACGAGGUGAAGGAAGAUCAAGAAACACGGGCUUUGGGAGCGAGGAGGACAGGAAGCUAGAGCUGAAACUCGGCCUUCCUGGUCUCAUAGAAGAAGAGACGGCAACAGUGUCAAGGCAUGAAGGGAUACAGCGAGAGAGGCCAGCUCUGUCUCUUUGUUGCUUCCGUGAACCCUCAAAGCCGACCACAAACACUACUACAACUGGGACAAAGAGGGUGUUCUUAGACACCAUUGAGGCCAAAACAGAAGGUUGUGAUAAGCAGAAACAGCAGGCCAGAGCUGGAUGUGGGAACGAACUAGCACUGGAGCAAAAGAUUGCAGUGGUGAGCGAGAGAAAAAAAGGAUGCUGCGCACCACCAUCACAUGCUCCUCCCGCAGCAUCUGUGCGCAACAGACCACAGGCCCAGGGAAGAGGUGCUUCAGCUCGGGCAGUGGGUUGGCCUCCAAUCGGAUCCUUCAGGAGAAACCUUGCCAAUGGUAGUUCAUCCAAACAAUCAACUGGGCAACAAAAGGGUGAAGCUAGCACGAAGGAGAAGGUCACCUGCAUUAAGAAUCCUCUAGUAAAAAUCAACAUGGACGGGAUCCCCAUUGGAAGGAAAGUAAACCUUGCAGCCUAUGACAGCUACGAGAGGCUAUCGUUGGCUGUCAAAGAGCUUUUCCAAGGUUUUCUUGAAGCUCAAAAGGAUCUAUCUAGUGCUGAGAGUGGGCAGCUACGAGCAGAUGAAAAAAUAUUUUCUCAAUUAUUGAAUGGAUCUGGUGAAUAUACUCUAGUUUACGAAGACAAUGAAGGAGACAGGAUGCUGGUGGGAGACGUGCCGUGGAAUGUAUUUGUCUCAACUGCUAAGAGGCUGAGGGUUUUGAGGAGCUCAGAGCUUUCCCAUGGUUUGGUUGGAGUGUCUCCUAGAAGAGUACAAAAUUGCUGAAAGCCUGAAACAGCAACAGAAUUCUAUCAUUCGGAAUGUGAGGAACCGAAGCUGGCCCAUUCCGAUUUCAGGAUGACACCUAUUUUUUUCCUGUAGAGACUAAUCUAAUGAGAUGAACUAGCAUAUGUCAGAUGCAUGGGAAGGUGCUGGCUAUUUUGUAAAAUUAGGGUACCAUGUAAUUUAUUGUUGUAGGUUGUUGUAGGUGAUGUCCUAAAGUAAUUCUACAUGGUUUUGGCAUUGGAUUUUUAAGACAGCUUGCAGAUGAAAGGCUUACCCAUGUAAAAUUCCUUCUUCUCUGUGACAUUUGUAUUCAGUUCUUUUGUAACCCAA